AACUCCGCAAAGGGCCCCCUCUCCAGCUGGGAAGGACGAAAAAUUUACAUCCACCUCCUUCAUAUCCUCAGUUCAUUAUACAUACUUCAGCACUCUCCCCAUUCAACUCAAAGAGGUGUUUCCUAUCCUAUCCUACCGCCCAGAGACACGGUCAAGCUCACUUGACUCGGCCACACAGCUCGAUGUCGCCCCUUCCGCCAACCUCAGUCCAAGUGGCUGAUACCACCGUCACUGCCGGCGACCUACUGGUGGGACAACAUCUUCGUCGCGUCAUACGACUACAUGAGCCCUCGCGCACUCGGGCAUGGAUCGCGACGAUGUUUGAAGCGGAUCCGGAUGGCGAGAUCGAACAAGUGGCACUCUGGGGCAUGUAUCGCAUGCAGUUCGAACCCCAUCAUGUGGAGGAUGCCGUGGCCCCUAUCCCACCUUUGGCGGUUGCCACCGAAGUUAUCACCGUCAUGGAAAGCGUAUUCAGGCCAGAUAGUUAUGUUGCUGCCGAUGGUCAGAAACGAUACGUCAUCAGGGGCCUCAAGUUAAGACCCGCAAUCGAACGUGAUGCUGUCCUCGAUGACAUGUUCCGAGCACCUGACCCUACCCCAUCCGCGCCUGCACCAUCGACUCCUCAUCAUCUGGCCAAUGCCGUCAAUAGCCUCAAUACGCCCUCCUCUUCUGCCGCUCUAGGCAACAAUGUGACUCAUCAUCAAGUUCAUCAAGCUCAACCAGCCCCACCACAGCUUCCGGUCGCACGAUCGGCAGACUUACUCGAUGAGGCCGAUAUACUGAAAAUCGUUUCCUUUCCGGAACCUUAUCGAACGCGUUUAUGGAUUGCCUCGCUAUUUGAACCUGAUCCUACAAGCAAUGCCGGCCCCGGUGGUGGUGGGGUUGAGCAAGUCACUCUUUGGCAACUCUAUCAAAAACAACUCACACAAUACGUUGUCGAAGGUGCGCCCAGCGAUAAAUUUGUGCCUCCUUUGGCUCCUGCUACCGAGGUCAUCAAAGCCGUACAAGAUGUCUUCCCUGAAGGAAGAGUUGUGGUCAGACUAGAAGAUGGUAAAACGCACUACAUGAUUAUUGGAAUCAAGCUCCGUCCAAGCAACUUUCGAUCACCUGCCCUUAAAAGUUUACUGAGUAUCACAGCCACCAAGAUACCCAACAAUGUUACUCACAACGGAUCAAUCGGAAACUCCUCUCAAACUGAUCCUGUGGCUCCCCAAUUGGUCUCCAAAGUUGACUCACUCGUCAAAACCGUCGAGGAACUCCAAAAUGUGAUCAAGAAGCAAGAAUCAACAAUUAAACAAGAGCUGGCAUGGAGUGCCACCAGACAAAUCAAUCUCCGCACUUCGGAUAGUAACACCUCGAUAUUACGUCCGCUUUCUAUUGCCCCUCCUCACGGUGCCCCAGCAUUUCCUGUUGAUUUCCCCAAGACCGUGGAAGAAGCUCAACGACUUGAUUAUACACAAUGUGUCGCACUCCUAGAAAGAUAUGGACAGUAUAAUCUGAUCAUUGAAGGAAACGAGGAGAGAACUCGGACUGGCUUAUUAGAAUUCAUUGGCUGUGUUCCUCAAGAGCUCUCGUUAGCCGAAAACUACGUCUCAAAUGUCGGCCCAAAUGUCAACUCUAUGGUCUGAUCUACUUAACACAUAAAAUACAUAUAUCCACUUUCUCUCCUCCUCUCCUAAUCUCUCCUCCAGAAUCGAAAAUUUGUAUACAGUCGAACGAUCUUUUCUUUCCUCUCUUUUUCUUCCUCUCUCUCUCUCUUUUUGUUUUGGUUUGCAUGGCUUAAUUAAAAAUAAGAUCGUUUGGGAUUUCUUUGUUUUUUCUAACAACAAAACAAAGAAAGGCAGGAUGCUUCCUUCACAGCUCAAAU